UCUAAUUCUCAUCCAUAAACUUUCGCAUACCAUAAUCACUGUCUACAGUCCCUCCCCUUUCCCUCUUUUAAAAUCCCCAAAAUUUCCCUCUUUCAUUCAUUAACCCUCACUGUCUCGCUGGUCGCUGCUGCUCUCUCCGUUAAACUACGUUUCUCUUUGUCUACUUGUAUGUAUUUCUGAACCCUAGAAUUCUUUCUCGAAACUUCUAGAAAUCUCAUUUCUUGAAUAACGUUUAUACUCAAGCGAUCUCAGAUAAUUCUUUUUUUUUUUUAAUUUGAUAAUGGAGUGGAAUCCCGAAACCCUUCAAUUCCUCUCACAAUGCUUCCUCCACACGCUCUCUUCCCAGCCGGAACCCCGGCGCGCCGCCGAGUCCUCGCUAUCAGAAGCCGCCGAUCGUCCAAACUACGGGCUCGCUGUGCUCCGUCUCGUGGCGGAACCUUCGGUCGACGAGCAGAUCCGUCAAGCGGCUGCUGUUAACUUUAAGAACCACCUCCGAACCCGUUGGGUUCCUUCUAACGAUCCCAACACCGGCCCCACAUUCUCACCUAUUCUCGACCCCGAAAAGGACCAGAUCAAAAACCUAAUCGUCUCUCUCAUGCUAUCGUCUACUCCUCGCAUUCAAAGCCAGCUCAGCGAAGCCCUAGCUGUUAUCGGCAAGCACGACUUCCCGAAAUCGUGGCCAACCCUGCUUCCAGAGCUGGUCUCCAAUCUUCAAAAGGCUGCCCAAUCCGCAGAUUAUGCUUCCAUUAACGGUAUUCUCGGAACUGGUAAUUCAAUUUUUAAGAAAUUUAGGUAUCAGUAUAAAACAAACGACCUUCUGCUUGAUUUAAAGUAUUGUUUGGAUACUUUCGCGGGUCCAUUAUUAGAGAUUUUUCUUAAAACUGCUUCGUUAAUCGACUCAACCGCUGCUUCUCCUGGCGGUGGUUCCCCUGUGACUCUCCGGCCUCUCUUUGAAUCUCAGAGGUUAUGUUGUAGGAUAUUUUAUUCAUUGAACUUUCAAGAAUUGCCUGAAUUCUUUGAGGAUCAUAUGAGAGAGUGGAUGGGUGAGUUUAGGAAGUAUUUGACCACGAACUACUCUUCCCUUGAGAGUAGCGCAGAUGGGCUAGCAUUGGUUGAUGAACUUAGGGCUGCAGUAUGUGAAAAUAUUAGUCUUUACAUGGAAAAGAAUGAGGAGGAGUUUCAAGGUUAUUUAAAUGAUUUUGCGUCAGCUGUUUGGAGUUUGCUUACAAAUGUAUCUCAGUCUUCAAGCAGGGACAAACUGGCUGUUACAGCAAUGAAGUUUUUAACCACGGUUAGUACAAGUGUGCAUCAUGCUUUGUUUGCAAAUGAGGGAGUUAUACUGCAGAUUUGUCAGAGUAUUGUGAUUCCAAAUGUGCGGUUGAGGGAUGAGGAUGAGGAGCUUUUUGAGAUGAACUACGUUGAGUUCAUAAGGAGGGAUAUGGAGGGGAGUGAUCUUGAUACAAGGAGAAGGAUCGCUUGUGAACUGCUUAAAGGAAUUGCAACUAAUUAUAAGAAGCAGGUGACUGAUAUUGUCUCUAUUCAGAUACAAAAUUUGUUGAGCUCCUUUGCUACAAACCCUUCUGCUAAUUGGAAGGACAAGGACUGUGCUAUAUAUUUAGUUGUCUCUCUUGCAACGAAAAAGGCUGGGGGUACUUCUGUUUCAACUGAUCUUGUGGAUGUUCAGACCUUCUUCACAUCAGUUAUCAUCCCCGAGUUGCAAAGCCAAGAUGUUAAUGGGUUUCCAAUGCUUAAGGCAGGUGCUCUUAAAUUUUUCACUAUGUUUCGUGGUCAGAUACAAAAACCUGUUGCAUUUCAGUUGUUCCCAGAUUUGGUUCGAUAUUUGGGUGCAGAAUCAAAUGUGGUUCAUUCUUAUACUGCAAGUUGUAUAGAAAAACUCUUGCUUGUCAAGGAUGAAGGGGGAAAAGCUAGAUAUACUUCGGCAGAUAUAACUCCUUGUGUGCCAGUGCUGAUGAACAACCUUUUUAAUGCAUUGAAGUUUCCAGAGUCUGAGGAGAAUCAAUAUGUAAUGAAGUGUAUAAUGCGUGUUCUUGGAAUUGCAGACAUUUCCCGUGAGAUUGCUGGACCUUGCAUUGGUGGGUUAACCUCUAUUCUGAAUGAAGUUUGCAAAAAUCCAAAAAAUCCUAUUUUUAACCAUUAUAUUUUUGAGUCUGUGGCCAUCCUUAUCAGACGGGCAUGUGAGAGGGAUACCUCUCUUGUAUCAGCAUUUGAAGCAAGCCUUUUUCCCAGUCUCCAAACCAUCUUGGCCAAUGAUGUGACUGAAUUCUUACCUUAUGCAUUCCAGCUAUUGGCUCAGCUUGUUGAGCUGAACAAACCUCCCAUCUCUCCCAGUUACAUGCAGAUUUUCGUGCUUCUUCUCUCCCCUGAUUCAUGGAGGAGAACUUCAAAUGUUCCAGCCCUUGUGCGUCUGCUUCAGGCUUUCCUUCAGAAGGCACCACAUGAGCUCAAUCAAGAGGGGAGACUGAACCAGGUGCUUGGUAUAUUCAACAUGCUUGUCUCAUCCCCUAGCACAGAUGAACAGGGCUUCUACGUGCUUAACACUGUUAUUGAGAAUCUUGAAUAUGGUGUCAUAUCUCCCUACAUGAGUAAUAUAUGGAAUGUCCUUUUCAUGCGUCUCCAAAACAAUCGUACUAUAAAGUUUCAGAAGUCUCUUGUGAUUUUCAUGUCACUCUUUUUAGUCAAGCAUGGGGCUAAAAGUUUAGUAGACACAAUGAAUGCAGUUCAAGCCAACAUAUUCUUGGUUAUCUUGGAGCAGUUUUGGGUUCCCAAUCUUAAGCUGAUCACUGGAGCAAUUGAACUUAAGUUAACGGCAGUUGCUUCAACCAGACUCAUCUGUGAAUGCCCGGUUCUUUUGGAUGCCACAGCUGCUAGGCAGUGGGGCAGAAUGCUGGAUAGCAUUGUUACCCUUCUUUCACGGCCUGAAGAGGACAGAGUCGAGGAAGAACCAGAAAUGACAGAUAUUGCAGAAAAUGUGGGAUAUACAGCCACUUUUGUUAAACUUUACAAUGCUGGGAAAAAAGAAGAUGAUCCCCUGACUGAUGUAAAGGAUCCAAAGCAAUUCUUAGUAGCUUCAUUGUCUAAACUUUCUGCACUUACCCCUGGGAGAUUCCCCCAGACCAUCAAUGAAAAUCUUGAGCCAGCAAAUCAAGCAGCAUUACUUCAGCUUUGCGGCACUUAUAAUUGCACAAUAGUUUGAGUUUUGGAGAGAAAGUCGUUUCACUCCAUGGUGGGAGUAUGAGGAGAUUGCUGGGUUUCCGAUUCUUCUCUAUUUCGGUGGUUGAAGUUCAGUGCAUUACCUUGAGCAUGCAUUUGUGAGCAAUGGAUGCUUUUUUUAAGCAAGUUGAAGGAUCGAAUCUGCUGGUGGGUGCUAGAUUUUGCAGUUGUGGUCGCUCACUGAGUUGGUGGAUGGUUGUUCUAAUGGUUGAGUUCGAAUGAGCCCCUUUUUUUCCUUUGGUUUUGUUGUCGUCAUUUAUGGAUUUUGUUUGGCAUGCAUCUGUCCCCAACUUGUAGAUCUGUUGUGUUAUGGUGAAAAGAGUUGUAGCGUAGAAGGUUACCUUCAUAUUUCCUGCCUUCUUUUAUUGUUUCUUUUGAAAAUUUUGGAAAGGGUUGUGAGAAAGAAAGAAGCUGGAGGAAUCCUUUUAGUAAUUGACACUGAAUUUUUGCUUGAAAUUCUCACUCAUGAGUGAUUAUUAUUGCAUUUUCCAAGCUUGAGAGCUGAAAACCAUAAGUUUAGCAUGUAAUGUUGAUCUUCUGUUUUUUUGUUUUGGAAACAUACGUGUAGCUUUUGGCCGAACUAAUUUUGGAAGUCAGUGAUCGGUAGGUUAUGGUUUGCAAGCGGUUCUCUUCAUUCGAGCUUUUUUAGAUUGAUCCAACAUCAAGAUUUGGGCAUCGUAAGUUUGAAGAAAGUGAUUGAACCCUGAACACGACUCAGCCUUUGUUGUAAUCACAUUCAAAUUAGAACUGGAUGUUAAUCAUUAGAUCCUUUACUUUGUGUGAAGCAAAGAUGAACCAUAGGAGAUGAAGUGUUUGAUUGAGAUGGAUUGGAAGGGAGUAGGAAGAUGACUUUACGAAACGAGGAGGGUCGUCAAUUUGUCAUUUAUCCCCCACACUUUCUUAGUCAUGUAUAUAGGUAAGAUCCACUUAACAUUAAUGUAAUUUUUAUAUUUUUU